CAUUAAGUCAGAAGUUUUGCUUACCCCGACACGUGUAUGGAUGAAUGGAAUCUCUAACCUUGAAAAUUUGAAAGAAUCUUAUUUCUAUACGAAUAAUUGUUACAUACUAUUUUGUGUAUUAAUUGCAAAAUGACCGAUCAAGCCAUUUCUUCAAAAUGUGAUUAUGAUUGUGAAAUGGAUGAAACAAGUGAUGAUGAUAGUGGUGAUGAUUGGGAUGAAAUAACAGAAGAUUUUGAAUCUAUACCGUGCCUUUUUUGUAAUGAAGUUACAAAUAAUUUUUCUAUGGCAUUAGAACAUCUUGUAGCUUCACAUAGAUUUGACUUAAAAAAUUUCAUAAUUAAACAUUCAUUGGAUACUUAUUCAUAUAUUAAAUUAAUUAAUUUUAUUAGACAUAAAAAUGUUUUAUCUGAUCAAUUAAAUGCAUUAAACAUAAAAACAUGGGAAAGUGAAGAAUAUUUAAGACCUGUCAUAGAAGAUGAUCCUUGGUUAAUGUUUGAUAUUGAAGAUAUGGAAGAAAAAACAACAAAACCUAUUGCAUAUACAGUAAAUUCAGAGAAUGGUUGUGUUACAUUAUCUGAAGCACAUUUUGCUGAAUUACAAAGAACAAUACAAACACUUCGAGCACAAUUAGAACAACGUGAAUUAGCAUGUUUUUUAGCAAAACAGCAAAUAGAUGAAAUGACAGAGAAAGCACAGAAAUUGGUCCUAGAUAGUGAUUUAGAUAAAAAUACUUUUAGUUCUUCUGGAAAUUCUAAUUGUAAUGUUGAUAAAGGUUAUUUUAAUACAUAUAGUCAUUUUGCUAUACAUCAUGAGAUGUUAACAGACAAAGUACGAACAGAAAGUUACAGAGAUGCAUUAUUAACAAAUGCGAAUAGAUUUAGUAAUUGUGUGAUAUUAGAUGUUGGUUGUGGAACUGGUAUUUUAUCUAUGUUUGCAGCAAAAACUGGAUGUCGUAAAGUAAUUAGUGUUGAUCAAUCAGAUGUAAUAUACCAUGCUAUAGAUAUAGUGAGAGAGAACAAUUUAAGUGAUAUUAUCACUAUAAAAAAAGGUCGAUUAGAAGACAUUAAUCUUGAUGAAGAUAAAGUAGAUGCAAUUGUGUCUGAAUGGAUGGGAUAUUUUCUUUUAUUUGAGGGUAUGUUGGAUACUGUAAUAUAUGCAAGAGAUAAUUAUUUAACUCCUGGUGGAAUACUUCUUCCUAAUAAAUGUACACUUAGUAUUGUAGGAAGUGGAGAUACAAGAAGAUACGUCGAACUUAUUGAUUAUUGGUCUAAUGUGUAUGGUUUUAAAAUGAGUUGUAUGAAAGCCGAAGUUGUACGUGAACCAAGCAUAGAAAUUUGUAAUGCUGAGGAAUUAAUAACUAGUAUUGUAGAAAUUCAAGCAUUCGAUUUGUAUAAAGUAACGAAAGAUUGUGUAAAUUUUUCGUCACCUUUCGAAUUCAAAGUAAAAAAGACUGGAUCAUUGACUGCAAUUGUUGGGUAUUUUGAUAUCUUUUUUGAUUUGGACAAUCCAGUACAUUUUAGUACAGGACCUUAUUCACCUCCAACACAUUGGAAACAAACAGUAUUUUCGUUAAGCGAACCUAUUAGCAUCACCGAAGGAGAAAUUUUAUGCGGUAAAUUAAUCUGUCGUAGACAUGUUAGAGAUAUUCGAGGACUUAUGAUUACAAUUCAAAUUAAGAAUAUCAAUCAAGUUUAUUAUUUAGAAUAAGUAAUCAAUAUUCAUUUUGAAGUCCAUUUAAUAGAUAUAAGUGCCAAAAGAAAAAAAAAAUAAGACAAAAAGAAACAAAUAAAUACAUAGGGUCCAGCUUAUUAUAAAAUAUUAACGAUUAUUGUUAAAAGUAAUAAUAGAUGAAACACAGUUUAAAAAAAUAGAAGAAAUCGUUCACUAUGCUAUUUUUUAUGAUAUUGUGAUUUAUAUUUUAAAUUCUUUUAAAAUCAUAGAAAUCAUAUAAUUUCGUACAUAUUAAAAGCUUUGAUUCUUGCAAUAAUGAAAAUAAAUAUAAAGUCUUUGUAGAAUUUUUAAUAUUAUUAUAUUAUAUUUUUUUUUUUAUAUAUAUAAACCAAAGAUCACAUUUGAUUGUUUCUGUAAGUUAUCUUACAUAAGUACAUUCUUAUCAAUAUCAAUAUGAAUAUCAAACACAGCCGCUAAUGCGUACUUUAAAAUAGAAAUUAUUUACGAUUUGUGCCUUUUUGAUAAUUGCUGACGUUAUAUAUAAUUGAUUAUAGAAUUAACGUUUUAUUAGUUUCAAGAAAAGUGAUAUGUCAGCUUUUCCAAUUAAAAUUAUAAAAAUAAUUUUCAAAUAGUAGUAACAGAAAUAAUUAAGUAUAUACCCCCUGGUUGCAUAAAUAUUUCGUUUGAGUAAUAUUUCUUUAAAUGCAUAUAUUUAAAAAUGAUCAAGUUAAUAACUGUAAUCGUGGUUCUUAUUACUAUAUUUAUUAUACAAACAACGAUUUCAAGUUCGCUCAAAUUAGAUAUAAUCCAAUAGUAUAUAAAUAAUUUUAAAGAAUUAAAAAAAAAUGCAUGCUUGUUACUGGCAUAUCUUCUUCCGUCGCGGUAUUAUAUCUUGAAGUUUAAUAUUUAAUAAUUAUUAAUAAAUAAUCAAGUCGUCCAGAAUUUUUUAAAAAUAUAAAUAUAUUUGCCAGCUUUCUUGCAUGUGCUAUAGAAUAAGUAUCCACACCUAAUAAUUAAUGAUUAACGAAACUAGAAAAUUAAUUAAUAUAAAUUGAAAUUCGUUUUUUUGUCUUAAUUCAUAAUUCAUAAAGAAAAUAAUAUAAUUACUUUUUCUCGAAUUCCUUUAAAAUUAUUUUAGGAAAAAAAUUUAAUAUGAUGCUCUAUUGUUUAAGAAUUAUUAAUUUAAUUUCCUUUUUUGAAAUUGGCCUACAUCUUAUUUAUAAUCCAGGUCCAAUUUAAAAAGUACUUAUGCUUCCAGAUUAAGGUAUGUAAUACACAACUCUGUGAUAUAUAAAAAUAAGUAAUCGUAAAUUUAUUUGACCAUAAGUCAGAGAAUUAUUGCCUUCCUUGAUUAUAAUAUGUAUACUUUUUAUGUAAAAUAAACUAUUACGAUAUAUGCUUAAAAUCAAAUAAAUUGAAAAACAAUCUUA